AAUGGUGGCCAGAACUUUGAAGGUCCAAAAAGCAUACAAAGGCAGCAUAAAAGUAAUCCAUACAACUCCAGUGCUUAAAUCCAUAUCUUCAAAAGAGAGAUCACAGGUGUGGGUGAGAAAAAGAUCAAUAUUAAAAUUAUUUUUUACUAUAAAUUAUCUUCCUUGCCAGUAGGUGGCGAUAUGCGCAAAGAAUGCAAAUUGCCAAAAAUAAAAGAAUGUGAAAGUGAAAGUGGAGAUUUAUGGUAAAAAAAGGACUUAAUGUUUCUCAUCCAGACCUAUCAUAUUGCAUCUGAAGAUAUGAGCUGCAUCUGAAACCACAUACUAUCACAGUAUGUAAUGUAUUUGAUGAAGGAUGCACUUAUCUGCCGGCAAAUCAGUACGUUCUUUUAGGUAUGUGAGUAGUAUGAAUAGAUUUUGGACUUCAUCCGGGGACGUGGGCAUUGGCUUGUUACCCCAAUAUGAGAUGUAAGAACAACAACCGCGAAAACUAUCUGCUGUUUUUUUUUUAAACAAGCACCAUUUAAGCACAAGGAACAAUUCUAUAGCACUUACGGUUGAGAAGAGCCAUCCACCUCACGAUUCACCAUCGUUCCUAUAAAUUCAGUGAUUUGAACGUGACGUUGCCUCAGCUCCCAAAGGAAAAUGGGAUCCAGUCGAUCUACAUUUCAAAAUCUCGCCGGAAAUAGUAGGUCAUCCGGGUAUUUCUCGCUUACUGCUUCAUGAAUACUGUGGAUUCAGACAUACUACUCCACUGGCAUACGGUUUUUGGCAUACUAUAUAGUAGGGAAGUAUUCGGACUCAGCAAUGGAUUUAAGCAAUGGAGUCGUAUGGAUUACUUUUAUGCUGCCUUUUUGAGCUUUUUGGACCUUCAAAGUUCUGGCUACCAUUCAGUGGCAUUGUAUGAACCUACAGAGCUGAGAUAUUUUUCUAAAAAUCUUCAGCUGUGUUCUGCAGAAGAAAGUCAUACAGAUCUGGGAUGGCAUGUGGGUUAGUAAAUGAUGGCAGAAUAUUAAUUUUUUGAUGAACUAUCCCUUUAAUAAAUGUCUGUGUUCUUAAUUAGUGACGUAACACAUGUCAUCUUUAUUAUUAUUUUUUUAUGUAAUAAAUUACACCAUUUAAAACAUUCCUCUUGAUGCAGCAUUUUAUGCCAACAUUCAAGUGUUUAUGAACAUAUCAAGUAAAAAAAAAAAAAAGCUGUGGUUAUUUAGCAAAUAACUCUGACAAAACCUUGGAAGUGCUUUACAAUUGCCCUGUAUUAAAUACAAAUGUGCUUUGAGCCCUUUUUUUUUUUUUUUUUUAAAGGUUUGCCAAGUCACAUCAGAUGUCAGUACUCCACAUAUUUUUGACAUUACAUAAACAAAGAACAGUGUACACUGCAUUAAAUAAAUACAUGAAAAGGAAACAUAGGCAACGUAUCAGUAAAAUAUAGAUAUCAUAGUUUAUAGUAAUAAUAAUAUAUAUAUAAAAAUAUAAACAAAGACCAAAAAUGCUCCAUCAGAGAUAAUUACAAGAUAAUUUGUCAAUCUUGCAAUUAUUUAUUUGGAAAUUUGGAACUCAUGUCCACUGCACAUCAGUAGUAGGCGCUGAUGACAUAAUAAACACUGGCAGCGCUGAUAACAGUUGCAACGCGAAGAAAUCAUAUUUCGCGCAUUUUUUUGUAAUGGCACUAAAUGCCAAGUGAGCAGCAUCAGCUUAUUUAUCCUCUGAAAAUGAAUGAGAACGAGGCACAAAAGCAGAGACUUAAAGCAGCUGUGCAUUAUACUGUUGGCCGUCUCUGUCGAAACAUCGCUGCAGACUGCGAGAAGCAAAUCACCAAACAGACAAUAGCAGCUAUUGCUGAGACUACAUUUAGACAGUGUGAUAUAUUUGCCAAGGACUUUGAAGCUUUCGCGAGGCACGCUAAAAGACACACGGUUACAGUGGAUGACGUAAAGCUCACGGCCAGGAGAACUACAGCACUGUACAACUACAUGCAGCGGAAAAGUGAAGAGCUGGCUUUGAACAACCAAGAGCUGAAGGAGAAGAGGAAGAGUGCUGCUAAGAGGAAGAGUAAAGACAUGGAAGCAGAGGAGGAGAAUGAUGUUGAAGACUGACUGGAGAAGAUUUAAAUGUUUACAGUUAAAUGAGUUACAAUAUACAAACUACUUUGGGUUGAUGCAUGUGAAAACAAACCAUCACAGUUGAAAAAAAAAAAAACCUGUCAAAUUAGAUAGUCAACUGAAAAUGAUUUUUAAGGAAUUACUCAACAGAAAUACAUCCGGUUGUAUAUUUUAUUGUAAUAAAAAAUAUAUAUAUAUAUAUUA